CCUUCUCCCCUCACAUGCAAACAUUAUGAAGCAGCAAAAACGUCACCCGCCGUCGCCCACGGCGGGCCUCCGGCGAUUAAACACUGAUCGCAAAGAUAUGUGCGCUGACACUCUUACAAAAUUAAAGAAUGCUCGGCUUAGAAGACUUAAAAUCCAGCGAUUGAAGUUGAAGUAUACUUGUGAAGCGAAGAUCCGUGUCGCCCCCGAAGAUCGUGGGGAGGGGACCAAGUGUGGGGAGCCGGAAAGUGAAGAUAGAAAGAUUCAUGAAUCGAUGCAGAUAUCAUUGUCGUUAACGACGUCGUCGAAGGAGGAGGAUCGGUCGAGUCUGGCGGGGAACAACGGCGUUCUGGAUGAUUUCAGAGUCGAGAAAUACAAAGAAGAACGCUACGGUGUGGAGGACUUAUCUUACGGUUCGGUGUCCUUGAUAGGUAAUAGAAAAGAGAUGGAAGAUGCGGUGAGCAUAGAGGUGGGGUUUGUGGUGAAGGAGAGCACCAAGUGUGACUUCUUUGCAGUUUAUGACGGCCACGGUGGAGCCCAGGUGGCGAAAGCGUGCCGAGCGCGACUGUACCAAUUGGUGGCGGAGGAGUUGGAAAGGCAGGGGAGAAAUGGUGGCAAAGUGGAUUGGGAGGGAAUGAUGGCGGGGUGUUUUAGUAAAAUGGAUAGCGAACUAGCAGACAAUGCGGCGGCGCGGACUGUGGGAUCCACGGCGGUUCUGGCCGUAGUGGCAAAGGAUGAGGUGGUCGUGGCCAAUUGCGGCGACUGUAGGGCGGUGAUGGGAAGAGCUGGUGAGGCUUUCGCCUUGUCUGAUGAUCAUAAGCCUGACAGGCCUGAUGAGCUGAUGCGAAUAGAAGCGGCUGGUGGAAGGGUCAUAAACUGGAACGGCCAACGAGUUCUAGGAGUUCUUGCUACCUCCAGAUCUAUUGGAGACCAAUACCUUCGACCUUACGUGAUAUCGAAACCAGAAGUGACUGUGACAAAGCGAACUAACAAGGAUGAGUUCCUUAUACUGGCCAGUGAUGGUUUGUGGGACGUAAUCUCCGGUGAAGCUGCGUGUGAGGUUGUAAGGAAGUGUCUUAGUGGCCAAGCGAGACGGAACUCGCCGGAGCUUGAAAACCACCAGAGUCUGGCCAGUGAGGCUGCAGCCCUAUUGGCUGAGCUAGCAAUGGCAAAAGGAAGCAGAGAUAACACAAGUGUGAUCGUAGUUGAGCUCAGGAAGCAAAAUAAUGGACAUCGAUCUCGUUGAUGCUAGCUAGCUAGCUAGCUGUGGCCCUUUUGUUUCGUGCAUUCUUUAUAUCUAAAACUUGGGCAUUAUGUAUAUUUUUAUUCUUUUCUCUUGUUGCCAUUGUUAGGCUCUCUGUCUCCCUCUAUUCGGGAGAGACAUGUUUGGAAAAUGUUAGAUCAGAGAUCAUGUCCGAGAGGGAUGAACUUUUCCUCCUUGAUGGGAAUUGACGAAGUUAACGACUUGCUCUCCC